ACUUCCGGAAACGCACUGUCCUGUCUACUGGGGAGGCAGACAUGUCGAGUUUCUCCAAGGCGCACCAGCAAUGGGCCACCUUUGCUCGAAUGUGGUAUCUUUUAGAUGGGAAAAUGCAGCCUCCUGGCAAACUUGCUGCCAUGGCAUCGGUAAAACUUCAGGGAUUACAUAAACCUGUGUACCAUCAACUGAGUGACUGUGGAGAUCAUGUUGUUAUAAUGAACACAAGACAUAUUGCAUUUUCUGGAAACAAAUGGGAACAAAAAGUAUAUUCCUCUCAUACUGGCUACCCCGGUGGGUUUAGACAAGUAACAGCUGCUGAGCUUCACCGUAGGGAUCCAGUGGCAAUUGUGAAACUAGCUAUUUAUGGUAUGCUUCCAAAAAACCUUCACAGGAGAACAAUGAUGCAAAGGCUACAUCUUUUCCCAGAUGAGGAUAUCCCAGAAGAUAUUCUUAAGAAUUUAGUAGAAGAGCUUCCACAGCCGCGGAAGGUGCCUAAACGACUGGAUGAGUAUACCCAGGAAGAAAGAGACGCUUUCCCGAGAGUGUGGUCUCCACCUGAAGAUUACCGGCUGUAGGAGAGUGGAAAUUCCAGCGAGGCGAUGAAGCUGCUUCCUGAAGUUUCUCUGCCUUAGGACAAGGGCAAAGCCCAGCGAGGGCUGGUCCUUCUGCCGGAAACUGCAAUAAAUGCAUUAUUUUAUAUAA